UAAUCCCCCCUCGUUCAUUCGAUCACUAGAUCUAGAACUAGGCGACUUUGAGCAACUAAUCAACUGCUCAAAAUAUACCUCAGGAAUCGAAUUCUGAGAAUUCCUGAUCAAUAAAUGCGAAUGCGAGGCUUGCUUAUUUUCUUUUAUCUGCCGCUGCUGCUCUCGAGUACUGCCGGCUAUCGACGGGCCAAGAGACAUCGGGCCCCACGCAAGCGAAUGGCCAGGCCGCAGAAUCUCUUCGAGGACUUUGCCCCCCUCAGCCUCGAUGCAGGAGGCGGUUACGGAUACAACCAUCGGGGAGAUGCGGGUCUGGCUGGUGGGGAGACCGCUGGGAGCGAAGCUGCUGGAGGAGCUGCCAAGAACUGCCAAGAACCCUCGGCGCAGUGCAAUGUAAAGGAGAUCUUCAAGCCCGGCAAUCCCAAGGAAAAGUCCUUUUCCAUUGCCGUUCAGGCGGCGCAGGAUGCGAAGGCGGCCAACGAGGCGCAGGCGGCAGCAGGCCUGGCAGCGGCUCAGCACAUCAAACUGGAGCUGGCCGAGAAGGCGUUCCAGUCGGCCAAGGCGGCGGAGGCGGCUCUAAUGGGCAAACAGAUGAUGGUCGAACAGCUGGAGCAGGAGGUGAGCCAGGCCAACGCCGUCAUCGAGGAGGAGACCAACGCGCUGCAUAGCACGGAGAUCAACAUGAAGGCGGCCAUGGAUGCGUCCCGUCUGGCCAGCGAACAGUUCCACUCUUUCACCGAGUUGCAGAAGACCUUCAAGGAGAACCUGGCCAACAUCCAGACUGUGGCCAUGAGCGUCCAGCAGGAGAUGGCCUCCAAGACGCAGCUGCUCGAGGCCGCUCAAAGCCGGAUUGCAAUGCUCCAGAAGCAGCUCCAGAGCGCCAAAGAGGACUACGAGAAGACCAAACAGGCAGCUUAUAAGGCUGCCUGUGCCGCCAUCGAGGCCAAGCAGAAGGCCGCCUCGAAUAAUGACGGCUUUUCGGCUGUCCGCAAACGCCGUCAGCCGCCCCACCGCCCCUUAACGAUCGAUGACAAUGGAGUCGAGGAGAAAGCGAACGCUUGAUAACAACACACACAAUCCCAAUCGUACAUAUAUUUUGUAGAUGCUAUUCUGAUUUCACACUUCAAUAUCAAAAUGAUCCUUUCAAAACUGUGUACU